AUGCUAACGGCAUGGGAGAAAUGCUCCUCAUCGCGGGAUCCUUCACCACCUCGUCCUUGUGGAAUGGCAAAUGACUGUCGGAGCUGCAAAUUACUGCCUCAUUGCAACUGGUAUGCAGUUGAAGGAAAACCUGCUUGCAUUCCAUUAGAAGAUGAAAUCUACCUCUACGAUUGCCCACCUACGCCACCGCCAAUUCCUCCUGGUCAAAAUCUCUCAUACUGUCCUCUACCGUGUUCGUCAUUGCACACAUGCGGUGAAUGUCUACAAGAACAGAAAUGCAUGUGGUGUCCAAGUACUAGCAGAUGUAUUAAUAUGGAGGCGUACGCUCUAUCCUUCGCCUACGGCCAAUGUCACUCAUGGGUUGCUGGUCAUGCUCAUGGUUUUGCUUUCUCCAAAUCUUGUAGGAUAGAGUCGUCGAAUUGUUCUUCGCACAAGACGUGUGCCGAGUGCCAGCUGUCCCCAGAAUGUGGAUGGCUCGAUGAUGGCUCACGUACAGGACUUGGAACAUGCACUCGAGGAUCAGCACGUGGUCCACUGGAGCGUUCUCCAGAUUUUCAUCCUCAUCAGUGGUACUUCACUGAUUGUCCAGCGUGCCAGUGUAAUGGGCAUUCGAUGUGCAACGAGACUCGCCACACCCUUGGUGGUGUCCAGGAAGUUUGCGGUGAAUGCCAAAAUAAUACUAUGGGAAAGCAUUGUGAAAUUUGUGCUCCUGGAUAUCAUGGCGACCCACGGAAUGGAGACAAUUGUGCAGCUUGCCAAUGUAACGGACAGGCGGACACCUGUGAUCAUAUCACGGGCUCUUGUCACUGCAGAACAAAAGGUGUCAGUGGAGCUAGUUGCGACCGCUGUGAUCAGAAAUAUUAUGGACAGCCGAAGAAUGGAACUCCUUGCUACUGUGAGUUUACUUAUUCCUAUACCAGUUCAGAUGUAGCUCGAAAUUCGAGAGAGCGAGGCGCAUCAUCCGCGCGAGCCAGUGAGUACUUGCAACUAGUUGAGUCGACACAGCUAUGGCAUUAA